AUGUGGUCUCGUUGCUGUAUGUUUUUACGAACUCGUUUUGUUAUUUCACAACAACGGGACAUAUGUGUGACCUCGCUCAAAUCAUCAACAUUUUCAAGACCGAGAAAACAUAAAAUGGCCGGUGCAACAGGAAAUCUUAAACCCCAACAAUUUCAAUAUCUGCUUGUCUUGGACUUCGAAGCAACAUGUGAUGAGGACGUAAAGUUACGUCCACAGGAGAUAAUAGAAUUCCCAGUUGUGAUGAUAAAUACAGAGACACUGGCUACAGAAUCUAUAUUCCACCAAUAUGUACAGCCACAGGUCCACAAUCGUCUUAGCCAUUUUUGUACAAAUCUAACAGGGAUCAUUCAGGAGAUGGUGGAUGGACAAGAUUACCUAGAUGAUGUAUUAAAUAAAUAUGACAAAUGGAUGGCAGAGAAACUGUUGAGCAAGGGCCAUACAUUUGCAUUUGUGACUUGUGGUGAUUGGGAUCUGAAGACAAUGUUACCAAGUCAGUGUAAAUACUUCAAUUUUAGAAAGCCACAAUACUUCAAUCAAUGGAUCAAUAUAAAAAAGGAAUAUGCAGCAGUAACCAGUAAAUACCCAAAGGGGAUGAUUGCUAUGCUGGAUGGUUUAUCUUUAGAUCUGGAAGGCCGCCAUCACAGCGGAAUAGAUGACAGCAAAAAUAUAGCUCGGGUUGCCGUUGAAUUACUGAAGAAAGGACAUGUGUUUAAAAUCAACGGAUAUUUACAAUAGUCAAUCAUUUUGUUUUCAAGUCACCAAAUCAUGUACUACAUUCUUAUUGACUUCAUUUAAAUGGUAAUUUUAUAUAAAAAUAUGUA